AUGGAUAAUAAUAAUAAUCACGAUGGUUGGAUUAAUGGUUUUAAUUUUAACGAUGAUACUCAAAACUCUGUCGUCAAUAAUUUAAUUCUUCAAAAUCCUGACUCUAAUAAUCACGUUCAUAACAACCUGCUUCACAAUCAUUUGGUUAGCCAGUACUCUGCCAGUAAUAAUGAUGCUUAUCAAAUCAAUAUUCAUCAAUAUUAUAGCAGCAGUGAUUUCGUUCGUAAAAAUAACCCCAUUCACAGAAUACCUGGCAAUAAUGGCCUCCCCAACCAUGCUCCAAAUGAUGCUAUGAGGACUACUCACCAAAACUCUGCCAGAAAUAACCGUAAUAAUUAA